AUGAAUCCCUUCGUCGGCACCAGGCUCCUGCCGGGCUCCCGAAGCAGAGCCGACCUGGACCUCACAUCCUUUAUAAAGAUCUCGCUCCUGAAUGACCAGAACCGCUACGACGACGAGGAAUAUGAUGAGGAUCCGGUGCCGGGGGUUGUGGACCAGGAGCUGGUGCGCAGGUAUAGUCUCUCAUAUAUUCCUUAUGCAAGUUUAAAAAUACACAUUGGUUUUGAGGCAGAACUACGAGCAGCUGUAUUUUUGGCACUUGAAGAGCAAGAAAAAGUAGAGAACAAAACACCCUUGGUAAAUGAAAGCUUGAAAAAGUUUCUAAAUACAAAAGAUGGUUGCUUGGUUGCUAGUCUUGUUGCAGAAUUUCUUCGAUUUUUCAAUCUUGACUUUACACUGGCAGUUUUUCAGCCUGAAUCGAGCACACUAAAUGGGCUUGAAGGGCGAGAGAAUUUAGCUCGGGAUUUAGGAAUUAUAGAAGCAGAAGGUACUGUAGGUGGACCCUUAUUGUUGGAGGUGGUCAGAAGAUGUCAGCUGAAAAAGGGUUCCAACAGCGGAGAAGUAGCUCCAGGUCUGUCUGACAUGCAUUCUUCACUAAACUCACCCGAUGCCAGAUCAAGUACGCAUCCAAGUAAGAUACCAAGGUAUAAAGGACAUCGUAAACCGAAAAUGUGCUUGGAGAAGGCUGGUGAGAAGGUUGCUGAAACCAGUCGAAGUGAUACAAGUAUCUCAUCAGGAGAAACAAAGAACAAAAGCAGCAUUCACUUUCUUCCCAAUGAGACAACGCUAGUUUCUCAAUCACACAACAAAGGCUUAAAUACCAAAGAAAAAAGUGAUCCAGCUAUAGAUGAGGAUGACACAGAGGGAGAUUCUUUUUUUGAUGAUCCUAUACCCAAACCGGAGAGAAGCUAUGGAUGGCCCCCUGAUAAAAAUAGUGAUACCGAAGAUGAUGUAGGAGAUCUGUUUGUGAUACAAGGCAGGCAGAAAUCUGUGAAUAGGAAAACCGAGUCCAGCAAACAACAAGGAAGCCUUGCAUCUCUUUCUGAGGCACCCCCCUUAAGGAGUGGGCUAAGCUCCCUUGCUGGAGCACCUUCACUAAAAGAGCCUGACAAUGCAGCUAGAAACUCUGUUUUGAAAGAUCUACGAUUGGUGAAUGCAAAACUAGGAUCUCUUGAAUUAGGAACUGGAGAAGAUGAUGAGUAUGUUGAUGAUUUCAACAGUACCAGUCAUCGAUCAGAAAAAAGUGACAUUAGUAUAGGUGAAGAAAUAGAAGAAAUUUCUGUGGAAAUAGAAGAAUCAAAUGCUAGUGAUAAGCUUGAAGAAUUCACACAAGAUCUUACCGUUUCUCAGUUAAGUGAUAUUGCAGAUUAUUUAGAGGAUGUGGCAUAGAAUUGGACAGUAGAGAAGUUUCAAGUGCUGGAUUGAAGACUCUGAUGGACUGCUAUUUUCAGACAAUCAUUCUUUGCUGGAAUGUCUGUUCCCUAUUUGUGCCUUGUAGAGAGACCUCUUAUAAAGUGAUACCAAGAACUGAAUGAAAUAA